CGUAAAUCAACUUCACAUAACUGAGGUGAACCAUGCGGCGGACGACGUUGGGAUCGAUCUCGUCCUCUCAGCUCAAUGCGCAACAGAACACCACCAACCCUUCCAGACUUCCCCUUGCAAAGCCGCUUCAACCUCCCGCCUCUAAUCGGCAAUCGAUGACGUCCGUGGCACAUCGUCGCGCCAGUGUCUUGAACAGGUCAUCGCUCAGUCGCAACAGCUUGUCAGCGCGCAUGUCCAUGAAUGGCAUGCCUCGAGGCAGUCAGAAUGGGUCUGGCAGACGCAGCAGUACGAUCGGAGGACGGGGAAGCCGCAUGACAGACCCGCGGCCGAUCGCUGAUCGGAAUUUCAUGGCGAUGAGCAUUCGGCACUUGAUUGAGUUCUUAACGGACCGCCACUACGACCAUCCGAUCAGCCAUCAACUGCUGUACAAGCCCAUGAAGAAGGACUUUGUGAACAUCAUGCACUUCCUGUUUCGUGAGUUGGACCCAAACUAUGAGGUAUCGGCCAAGAUUGAAGAAGACGUGGCCAACUGCUUUCGAACGCUCAAGUACCCGUUUCCCAUCAGCAAGCUGGCGUUAAGUUCCGUGGGAAGUCCGCACUCGUGGCCACCCCUACUCGCCGCGAUCUCAUGGAUGAUCGAGCUACUCUCGUACGAUGCCAUCGUACAGGACGAAGCGUUGAACAACCCCGACCACAACAAUGGCCAUGACGACGACAGCGACAUGUUUGCGUACUUGACGGUGGCGUACAAGACGUACUUGUCUGGCAGCGACGACGAAUACGAGCUCAUGACUCGCCGCAUGGAAGAAUCCAUGGACCGCAAGAACGACCAAAUCCAACAGGACACGGACGUUGUCCGGCACGAGAACGACGAGUUGCGUCGCCAAAUCGACGCAUUGCAGAAUGGCCAGUCGCUCGUGAGCUUGAACGCAAAGAAACGCGAUUUUCAAGGCGACGUGGACAAGUUGCAGACCAUUGUGAAGACAUAUGAAGCGUCCAAAGUCAAAGCACACGAUGCCAUCCGCGUGUUUGAGCAGCGACUUGCGAAGCGCCAACAAGUGUACCAGACGCAGCAAAGCGCGAUGGCCGAGCUGCAGCGGCGCAUCGACACGCAAGAACUGUCGUCGGACGACUUGGAGCGCAUGACGAGCGAGCGCGGGCGGCUCCAGGAGAUGCUGCUCAAUGUGGAGAAGCGAUACAAGCACAUCCAGGCUAGUCACUGGCAAAAGGAGACGGAGAUCUCGCAGUUUAUGGACCGAAUCGAAGAUCUUGUCAACACGUACAUGUCGUACUGCCGUCGGCUCAAGCUGGACGACCGCAAAGACGCCCACGGAGUCGAGUAUGCGAUUCAGAUCGACGCGCACUCGGGCGGGGCCAAAGCAGCCGCGGCGCUGAUGCAGCACCUGAAGAAGACCAUCGUGCCGAGCUUGCAAGCGUUUCGGCGGCAGCGCGUGGACCGCCUCGAUCGAAUUCUGGACAAGGGCGUGGAAGCCAAGGUGCGGAUUGGGCACGCGACGUCGAGCAUGAACGAAGCGGUAGAAGCGGCGCGGUUGAUUGAUGUGCAGGAGCGCAAGUUGGACGAGUCCAUUCGGAAAGAGCAAGAGGCGAUGGACGUGGCCCUCGAACGCAAGUCGAGGGAGAUUGAAGAGUUGGAGCUCGAGCUGGAACGGCUGCAGACCCAGGACAAGGACGACAUGUCUGGCCUUGGCAGAGCGGACAAGCUGCUCCGCGACGCCAAGGCGGCGUACGCAGACAUGUCGAACCAGUACAAGCAUGAGAUCGAGUCGAGGCUGCGCUUCAUCCAGCACGCGAUCUCCAUGUGCAUUGCGUUCAAGGAACACGCGACCAAGACAAUGACGGACGCCGACCGGUACCUCCGAAGCCAGGACACUCGAGUAUCGUCAACAUCAUCGUAGUUAGUGGUCGAUGAUAAACACAUGUGUGUGUGAUGGAACAACCCGUUGCUGUGGCCUGUGUUGUUGGGAUGUACUACCACCGGUAACGUUAGUUGGUAUUUUCACCCAUUGAUAGGGGUAGAACGGUGAACAUGAUCAAGCCAUGCUUCGUGCCAAUGCCGGGGCAUGGGGGUCGAAUCACAUGGAGGCACUGAGGAUGGCGGCUGCCAAGGCGACAAGCAGGGUCCGCCAUCGACGGUGGGAAUGCGUCGUGGUCUUUCUUCUCGUCUCGCAUGGACAGCCAUGGGGUGCUCUGGUAGCUAACACAUGCACACAACCAGGCUGUUCAAGCGACCUCCGCCAAGAAUCCACGUCAUUUGCG